AUGCCGAGACCGUUUAGUGUGCAGGAAAUUGAUCCACGAACCUACAAUCCGAACAUUUACUAUUCUGCUUUGGAUGCGGAACAGCAGAGACGAUCACAAAAUGCGAUGAAGAGGAAGAAGAAUAGUAAUAAAAUCACCUCUUCAAGAAAUGCGAAGCGUAUAAAUUACUCAUUGGCUGAUUUGGAAGCCCGGCUGUAUACUGCCCAAAAUAAGGAGAAUAGCAAUGAGGACAAAUCAUCUGCAGAAAAGACUAACAAGUUUAGCGAGACUGAACUUAUACAAUCGAAAAGAAGGUUUAUGGAGCUUGACACUGAAAAUAUAAAAGAUAUUGGCGAUGUACCUACGUUACUAAGUAGUGUUUCUGGAAUCCCAAGAGAUCGUAUUGAUUCCGUCACAACUGCAAUUACUAAUGCAGGUGACCAAACCAAUAAUAGUGUCUCAGCAGGGAGAGGCUCUUCAAACAAUCGUUUUGAGAUUAACAGCUCCGUAUUUAUGUCCUACAGAUCUACAAAGCCUCCAAAAUCAAAGGAUCAGGCAAAGAAAAAGAGUUCCACCAAUCGACAGUUGAUUCUAAGAAAGGUGCUGACUUCGAAGCGUAAACUUCAUACAUAUUUGGAUACACUGGAUCAUGUUAAUAGAAGCAUCAUUCUCCAUAAUGUUUACAAUAAGAAAUACUUUAAGGUAUUACCGCUGAUAACUAUAUGUUCUAUUUGUGGAGGGUACGAUAGUUUAUCAAAUUGUGUAGCAUGCGGUGACAAAAUUUGUUCAGUAAGUUGCUACAGAACACAUAAUGAAACACGUUGUACAGGUAGAUAG